CGUUCGCCGAAGAUUUGGGCGAACUACUAUUUUUUGCUUUUCUCCUCCCUUUGGAUUCUUCUGGUCCGAGAGAGAGAGAGAGAGCGGCCGAGCUCGCCGUCAGCUGGAAUCUCGUAUCUGCUUUAAUCCCGACGUCGGGCGAUAGCAAAUAUGAUGAGGUUGCAAACGUACGCUGGGCUUAGUAUAAUCGCGUCACUGGCAGUGAUUUAUCAUGCGUUCAGCAGUCGAGGCCAGUUCUACCCAGCUAUGGUUUAUCUAUCCACUUCCAAAAUCAGUUUGGUGUUGCUUCUUAACAUGGGUCUGGUCUUUAUGUGCAUCUUGUGGCAAUUGACGAAGCGGUUGUUCCUUGGUUCCCUACGGGAAGCUGAGGUAGAGAGACUUAAUGAGCAAUCAUGGAGAGAGGUCAUGGAAAUCCUCUUUGCUAUCACUAUUUUCAGGCAGGAUUUUUCGGUUACCUUCUUGGCUAUGGUUACUGCCUUGUUGUUGAUCAAAGCUUUACACUGGUUGGCUCAGAAGAGGGUUGAGUACAUUGAGACAACCCCUUCUGUUCCCAUGCUAUCUCACAUCAGGAUAGUUUCUUUUAUUGGAUUUCUGCUUCUCGUGGACAGUCUCUUUUUCUACAGCUCUAUGAAGUUCCUCAUACAGAUGCGGCAGGCUUCCGUUUCCCUUUUCUUUGCAUUUGAGUACAUGAUACUGGCCACAACAACUGUGUCGACUUUUGUUAAGUAUGUUUUCUACAUUAGCGACAUGCUUAUGGAGGGCCAGUGGGAAAACAAGGCUGUUUACACCUUUUACUUGGAACUAAUACAUGACCUGCUACACUUGUCGAUGUAUCUGUGCUUCUUUCUUGUGAUAUUCAUGAAUUAUGGUGUACCUCUGCACUUGAUUCGGGAGCUUUAUGAGACAUUUAGAAAAUUCAAAAUUCGCGUUGCUGAUUACAUUCGAUACCGAAAGAUCACUUCAAAUAUGAAUGAUCGAUUUCCAGAUGCUACACCUGAAGAGCUUAAUGCAAGUGAUGCAACAUGCAUUAUAUGUCGAGAAGAGAUGACUACAGCGAAGAAAUUAAAUUGUGGACACCUUUUCCAUGUACAUUGCCUUCGUUCAUGGCUCGAGCGACAGCAUACGUGUCCUACUUGUAGGGCCCUAGUUGCACCACCAGAAAGUGGGACAGCUGCUGCUGGUGGACAACAUGCACAACUGUCGGAUUCUCGGCAACAAGGGGCUGCUUCCACAAGCACCUCAUCUCAGGGCUCAAGUGAUGUUGGUUUGGCUGGUAACAAUUUAAGUGGGCAUCAGGCCAGAAUCCAAGCUGCUGCAGCUGCUGCAUCAAUAUAUGAGAAGUCUUUUGUUUACCCUUCGACAAACGCAUUAGUAUGGUCAUCAGGGUAUGCCUACCUUCCUCAGCAAAAUGUGCCAUCCCCUAGUCACUCUAGCGCCGGCGACAGUGGUCCACAGCAAUUUACAGGCCAUGGUGAUCCUGGAAAUAUGUCUGCCUCACAAUUCCCUAGCAUUGUUUAUGUCCCAGUUCCAGCUCCUGCAGCCACUGGAGACAGGAUUCAGGGAGUUCAUGAUAACUUAUCACAGGCCCAUUUGGAAGCUCAGAAAAAGUUUCUGCAACAGCAGAUUGAGGCGCUGCAAAAGCAACUUCAAUUGCUGCGGGAGACGCACGUCGAAGGGAACAUGUCUUCAGGUACCCCGGCAUCGGGAGAUAGCAAAGGGAAGGCUGCCGUGAGCUCCUCGUUCCCUGUUUCAGACAGAGACUCGUCAUGCUGAGAGAGAGAGAGAGCCAAGACAGUUGAUAAACUAUAGCCUGCUGAUAACUGUAAAUGUACACCAGUGGAGAGUUUCUUUCCCAUUUUCUUCCUCCCUUUCCUUUGAGAGAGGGAGAGGGAGAGAGAGAGGAUUUGUCCUUUUGAAUUGGCCGGAAACUGGUUUAAUGUAUGUGACAGAGCUCGGAUUUCAUGCCGGUCAAAGCUUUGCUAAAAAUGGCCCCCUCGUUGAA